AUGGUGUCUAUAAUGAAAAUGUUGGGUAUUUGCUUUUGUAUUUAUUUGGUUUUCAUAAGAAGUAGAUCGGCUGUCGGAGCUAAUAGCGACGGUUUGGUUGAAGGUAUUGUCGUCGUCAAUGGAACACUUGCGAUUGCACAAAUAGAUGAAGAUUUUGUUUGUGCUACUUUAGAUUGGUGGCCACCGGAAAAGUGUGAUUAUGGUCUUUGCAGUUGGGCUAAUUCUUCUCUUCUUAACCUGGAUCUUACAAACAAAAUUUUCAUAAAUGCAAUCAAAGAAUUUUCUCCCUUAAAAUUAAGACUCGGUGGAACUCUCCAAGACAAACUCAUAUACCAUACCUUAGGUGACACUCAACCAUGUGGGCAGUUUGUAAAGAACAACGAAAUGUUCGGAUUUUCUCAAGGUUGUUUGUCGAUGUCACGAUGGGAUGAACUUAACGCCUUCUUUAACAAAACCGGAGCAAAGGUUAUAUUUGGGUUGAAUGCAUUGAAUGGAAAGACAAUAGGGAUUGAUGGUUCAGCAAUUGGAGCUUGGAAUUCAACCAAUGCUGAAUCUUUUAUAUCUUAUACUGUGAAUAAAGGUUACAUUAUUCAUGGAUGGGAGCUUGGGAACGAGUUGAGUGGUAAGGGGAUCGGGGCGAGCAUUUCCUCCGAUCAAUAUGCGAAAGACAUAAUUUCUUUACAAGGUUUAUUGGAAAAAACGUAUAAGAAUUUUCGAGUACAACCUCUAUUGUUGGGACCCGGAGGUUUCUUUGAUUCUAAUUGGUUCACGGAUUUCAUAAACAAGUCGAAUAAUUCUCUUCAAGUUGUUACGCAUCAUAUCUACAAUCUUGGCCCAGGUGUUGAUGAUCAUUUGAUAGAUAAGAUCCUUAAUCCGUCUUAUCUUUCUGGAGGAUCGCAACCCUUUAUUGCUCUCGAGAAUAUUUUAAAAAAUGCGAGAACUUCUACCAUAGCGUGGGUAAGUGAGGCCGGAGGGGCUUGGAAUAGCGGUCAUCCUCUUGUCACAAAUGCGUUUGUCUUUAGCUUUUGGUACUUGGAUCAACUUGGAAUGGCGUCCGUUCACAACACCAAGACUUAUUGCCGACAAACAUUGAUAGGUGGAAACUAUGGCUUGUUGAACACGACCACAUUCACUCCCAACCCCGAUUACUAUAGCGCGCUUCUUUGGCAUCGGCUAAUGGGAAGAAAUGUUCUUUCGACAAACAUGUCCACAUUGACCAACAUUCGCGCCUAUUCUCAUUGUUCAAAGGCUUCGACUAUUUUAAUUCUAAACGCAUACUUAACACAGCGUGGAAUUACGAUUCUAUUGAUCAAUCUUGACGGAAAUACCACAGCCAAGUUGUCAUUUAAGAUCGAUAACUCAACCAUAAAGGGAACUAAUAAUAAACGAAAGCGUAUAAUUCACAAUACGGGAAGAAUCAAUUUCGAUCCAAUUUGGCAGCGACUAAAGAUGAAAGAUGGGACAAGAGAAGAAUAUCAUUUGGCCGCAAAAGAUGGUGAUCUACACAGCCAAACCGUUCUUUUAAACGGUGAGGCGUUGAUGGUAAAUUCCUUCCGAGAAAUACCUCGGUUAACGCCUCGAGUUGUGAAUGGUUCAGAACCCGUAACUAUUGCACCCUUUUCUAUUGCAUUUUGUCAUUUCCCUAAUAUACAUGUUAAUGCUUGUAGGUAG